AGCAUCUCACAGCCAUCGACUGCCAACAUUUGGCCCAGAGUCAUUUGGCUGUGACCCAGCCCUUCGGCCAGAGAUGGACAAACAUAGAUCCGAACCAUGGUCUCUAUCCUAGACCCAGGACAAAGAGAGGGAGAAGGGGUCAAGGAUGUCAAAGAUACAACCCUGAGCUCUUCCUAGCUGGCCAGCAGCAGGGCACAAAUGACAUGGCCAAAAGUAAUUCUGCUGUCCAGGACGGCUGUCAGGACUGUGAGGGUGACAUGAUCUUCCCAGCAGAGAACAGCUGCGCCCUGCCCCAGGAAGAUGAUGGGGAGGCAAGUUUGGGCUCGGCAGGGUCAGCUCUGCCCACCAGGAAGCGGUCUCGGUCCUUUGAGGAAGAGAGUAAUCAGGCUACAGGGACCAGCCUAUGGGCUGGAGUUUCUAAGAGAACCCCACGGCAUCAUCUGUCCCUGUCAUACACAAGGCCUAGGGAGGCCAGGCAAGAAGCGGAGGACUGUGUGCCAUGGCUCUCUGCAGAAUCUGGAGAACCUGCCCGAGAAGUUGAGGACAUUGGUCCUGAUCCCAUUCCUGACACGUACUAUGGGCUUCUUGGGACCUUGCCCUGCCAGGAAGCGCCGAGCCACAUCUGUAGCCUGCCCACUGAGGUCCUAAGGCAUGUCUUUGCCUUCCUCCCCGUGGAGGACCUCUACUGGAACCUGAGCCUGGUGUGCCACCUGUGGAGGGAGAUAAUCAGUGACCCGCUGUUCAUUCCUUGGAAAAAACUCUAUCACCGAUACCUAAUGAAUGAAGAGCAAGCUGUCAGCAAGGUGGACGGCAUCCUGUUGACCUGCGGCAUCGAAAAGGAGUCAGAUCUGUGUGUGCUGAACCUCAUACGAUAUACAGCUACCACUAAAUGCUCCCCCAGUGUAGACCCCGAGAGAGUGCUGUGGAGCCUGAGGGACCACCCCCUCCUUCCUGAGGCAGAGGCAUGCUUGCGUCAGCACUUGCCUGACCUCUGCGGAGCUGCUGGGGUUGUCAACGUCUGGGCCUUGGUGGCAGCCAUGGUGCUCCUCUCCAGCAGCGUGAACAACAUCCAGCAGCUGCUGUUCUGCCUCAGGAGACCUGCCUCCACAGUGACCGUGCCGGAUGUCACUGAGACCCUGUACUGCAUAGCCGUGCUUCUCUACGCCAUGAGGGAGAAGGGGAUUAACAUCAGCAAUAGGAUUCACUACAACAUUUUCUAUUGCCUAUAUCUUCAGGAGAACUCCUGUACUCAGGCCACAAAGGUGAAAGAGGAGCCUUCUGUCUGGCCAGGCAAGAAAACCAUCCAACUUACACAUGAGCAGCAGCUGAUUCUGAACCAUAAGAUGGAGCCUCUCCAGGUGGUGAAAAUUAUGGCAUUUGCAGGUAAGAGAGUGCAUCCAGCUCAGGAUGGGGAUUUCUGCCUUUUGUCACACAGUUCCUUCCCACCGUGGGCUGGGGCACCUGUAGCUUCAUCUUAUCCUCCUGCCACAGUCAUAACCUCACCAGCAGCGGGCCAAGGAACGCAUGCUUUGUCUUAUCACUCCAGGGAGUCACACUGGGAUUCCUAUCCCACCAAAAAUCUUUUUCAGGGGAUUAAAUCAUUUGGAUUGGACAGAAUCAUUGAUAUUUGGAUCCUUCUUCAGCCAGAGGAAGAACGGAGGAAACAAAACCUCAUCAUUAAAGACAAGUUUAUCAGAAGAUGGGUGCACAAAGAAGGCUUUAGUGGCUUUAAGAGGUACGUGACUGCUGCUGAGGACAAAGAGCUGGAAGCCAAGAUUGCAGUAGUCGAAAAGUAUAAUGUCAGGAUUCCAGAGCUGGUGCAGAGGAUACAGAGAUGCCACGUAGAAGAUCUGGACUUCGCAGAGUACAUACUGGGCACUGUGCACAAAGCCAAAGGCUUGGAGUUUGACACUGUGCAUGUUUUGGAUGAUUUUGUGAAAGUGCCUUGUGCCAGGCAUAAUCUUCCCCAGCUUCCCCACUUCAGAGUUGAGUCGUUUUCUGAGGAUGAGUGGAAUUUACUGUAUGUGGCAGUAACUCGUGCCAAGAAGCGUCUCAUCAUGACCAAAUCGUUGGAAAACAUUUUGACUUUGGCUGGGAAAGAAGUUAAAGUACCUGGCCUUUCCCAAGUGGAUAAACAUCAACCCAUCCCGUGGCCCCUACCACUUCCCAGCCCCUGGCUGCAUCUUUUGGCAGACCAUGCAAAGCAUGCUGCUGUACAAGACAAAGCGGGGCCAGGCUGCCCUGGACCACUUCAAGGUGUUUGAUAGGAUCCCACCGCCUAUGACAAGAAA